GAUACAGUGCGGUCGCUUGUCGCUUGUCGCUGAUUGUGACCUGCUGUGUCCUCCAACAGUCUGACAGCCGCUCGUUUGAGGACAACAGCUCCAAAAUCAUGGUUUUCGAGGAGAAGAUGAUCAUGAACGGAGAGCCCGAUGAUGAGGAAGAGGAGGAGGAGGAAGAGGAAGAUAUGGUGGAUCCAAUCGACGCCAUGCGACAGAAGUGUGAAGAGGCGGAGCACUGUGUUCACACUCGGGAGAUUCUGGAGCAGUGCGAGACCAGAGUUGGCUCUCGGUCUUCGACGGCCGAGGAUUGUACCGAGGAGCUGUUUGACUUCUUGCAUGCUCGGGACCACUGUGUGGCACACAAACUGUUCCAUUCGGUCAAAUGAAGUCCUCCCUGGUUGUUGCACUGCUGGCUGAUGACAUUCUUGAAAUAUUGUGUUAUGAGGAGAACAUUGUUUUAAAUACAUCCAUAUGUGGAUCUGCUGUGUGUUGUAACUUUAAAUGUAUACUAUACUGUAUCUGCUUAUGUGAAGAAAAAACAGUAUUUAACAAGGUAGUCUGAGUCAACAUUUCAUUAAAGUGGGUGGCUUGAAAACCUUC